UGAUGCUUAGGGUUUAGGUGCACCAGAUUCUUCACUUUUGGUCUCAUUAUAAACAGAAAUGCACUGUGCCUCCACCUAACAUUUCCCCAUUUUCACCAUUGUUAUCUUCUCUUCUCCGCCUAUAAACUAAACCCAAACCAAAUCACCACUGCAAAAGCUAAACAAGGAAUAAACCCAUUAGUUAUAAAUCUUGGGUCUUUUUGCUAAAAGUGUUGGAAUUUGAAGUGGUUGGUUUUGAAGAUCAUGGAUUUGGAAUUCUUGCAAUCUGUGGAUGUUCAGAUUCUUGUUGGUGCAGCAGUAGCUGUUUUAGCCAUUGUUGUUGGCGCUGCUUAUCUCUUUUCCUCUAUGAAACCUAAAGGCUGUCUAGAUCCAGAGAAUUUCAAAGAUUUUAAGCUUGUCAAGCGGCAACAGCUGAGUCAUAAUGUGGCAAAGUUCACAUUUGAACUUCCUACACCUACUUCAGUUUUGGGUCUUCCCAUCGGGCAGCAUAUAAGUUGCAGAGGCAAGGAUAGCCAAGGUGAAGAGGUUAUUAAACCAUAUACACCUACAACAUUGGAUUCUGAUGUUGGUCGUUUUGAAUUAGUUAUUAAGAUGUACCCUCAAGGAAGAAUGUCACACCAUUUCAGAGAGAUGAGUGUUGGUGAUUAUCUUGCUGUGAAGGGUCCCAAGGGGCGGUUCAGGUAUCAACCUGGUCAAGUUAGAGCAUUUGGGAUGAUUGCCGGAGGCUCUGGAAUUACUCCAAUGUUCCAAGUAGCCAGAGCCAUAUUGGAGAACCCGAAAGACGCAACAAAUGUACACCUUAUUUAUGCAAAUGUUACAUAUGAGGACAUUCUUUUGAAGGAAGAGUUGGAUAGCCUUGUCGCCAAUUACCCCGGUCGCUUCAAUGUCUACUAUGUUUUGAACCAGCCUUCCGAAGCCUGGGAUGGCGGUGUCGGCUUUGUGUCAAAGGAAAUGAUUCAGACUCACUGCCCAGCACCCGCUCCCGAUAUCAAGAUUCUAAGGUGUGGCCCUCCACCAAUGAAUAAGGCCAUGGCCGGCCACCUUGACGCCCUCGGAUAUUCACCUGAGAUGCAGUUCCAGUUCUAAUACCUCUAGAUGAGGCCAAGCUUGACUCGGACUGUUAUGGAUCUUCAUCGGAGAGGGCGCAGCCCCAUUGUAAUCAGAACUUUUUUAAGCAUUGGAACCAACUGGCUUAUUAUGAUUCAGAUGUUUUGAACUGUUAUUAUAAAAGGUUUUCCUUGAUCCGUGUGCUAAAUUGAAGCAAGUAGACUUUUUCUCUU